UUUUUUUUUUUUUACUCUGUAAAGCGGUGAAGUAUGAUGUGCUAAUUUUUAUUUUAGUAGUGCCAAGUGGUUAUUGAAAUUAUUUGAAUAUAAUACACCAGUGACAAGUCGCAUGGGACCCUCGGUCGGAAGAUCAGCGCGGCUGGUAGCACUGGCGUGGUGUCUCCUCGUCGUCGUCUCCCGGCAGCCAAGCUCGGCCCGCAUCCUGAAAAAAUGCGACGCCGCGAGCGAGCUCCGCCGGUCGAAGGUGAUCAACAAGUCGUUCAUCGCCCACCUGGUCUGCGUGAUGCAGCACGAGAGCAAAUUCAACACCUCGCUGAUACGGGGCCCGGGCAGCAAGUCCAGCUACUCGUACGGCGUCUUCCAGAUAAGCAGCGACAAGUGGUGCAGCCGUUACCGCGUCGGCGGCGAGUGCCAGAAAAAAUGCGACGACUUUGCCAACGACGACAUCCAGGACGACAUCGUAUGCGCCGACAAGAUCUUCAAGAUGGAGGGGCUCAAGCACUGGCCCGGCUGGGAGAGGAACUGCAAAAACGGCCCCUUGCCGAACUUGAACGACUGCAAGGCCACCAGGACUAAGGAGGACGAAGACGAGGACUAUUUUCCGGUGGACGAGCCGGAGGACGAGGACUACGCCGAGGAGCUGAGACUUAUGUUUCGCUCGUUGCUCUAACCGAGCGGUCUCUGUGAAAAUUAUUCGUGUACGAGCUUGGCGAGCCAAAGAAUAUUGAAAUACAUGUAUACAACCGAUACUUGUA